AUUUUUUGAUUGUCCUAUGGUUGAAUGUCAUAACUGCAUGAAAAAAGGUCAUAUGGCUUCAAAUUGUUGUCGAUAUUGCAAGACAGCCGGACACUUGAUUCAAAAUUGUCCCACUCGUCCUCCACGAUCUAAUCAGAAUAAAAAUCAACAUCGUCACAACUCUUCCAGGUCUGUAAUUACAACUGAUGCUGCUGCCAAUGGAUUUCUAGAAUCUUCUCAAUCUGCUUUGUCUAUCACAAAUAUUCAGUCUCUUCUUAGACAACUUCUUCCUUCCGGUAAUACUCCCGCCGCUCUUUCCACCACACCAGGAUCCACGGACUGGACAACUCAUAGGGACUGGACGUAAGAUCGGAAGGUUAUAUGAGCUCAUUGAACUACAUGUUCCUCUAGAGUCUAGCAUUUGUGCGGC